AUGAGUGGUAUAGUCAAGAUUGUCGGCGCCGGCAUCGGCCUGGCGUCCGAAGCCAUCCACCACUCGCGUGCCAAGAGCAAGGCUGCCAGGGACGCCGAAGACAACAGCCGCAGCCGCAGCCAGAGUGGCCAGAACACACCCGCUGAGGACACACGCAGUCCAUCUGAUAGCCGCUCGGUCAGCCGACAAGUGAGCGAGCAGGACGGUUCGCCCGCUGCUGGUCCUUCUUCGUACGCCAGCAACAACACCACAGUCGCUGGCCCAUCGAAUGCAAACAACGACCCCCCUGCCUACCUCACACCCGACGAAGAGAAACGCCAGCUUGCCGAAAAGGAGCGACAACUUCUCGAGUCGGACGGCUUCGGGUACUACGAUGACGAGGCCGUCUGGGAGCUCGACGACAUGGCCGAGUACAUGGACCCGCCUGCCUACUCGGAAGACGCCGGCGAGACUCUUGGAUCGCCCGUUUCGCCAGCCGAUGACGGUUCGCGUCGGGGCUCUGGGGCCAAUGACCUUGACGAAGCAGCUGUUGGAGAAGCUGAGGGCGAGGGUGAGGAAAAGGAAGAGAUCAAGAAGCAGCAGCGCAUGGUUCGCGAGCUGGUCCGCAUGGCCGGGCCUGCGCCAACGCCCAUGCGCCGCAUCCCCUGCCCCGUCAUUAUUCCGCAGCGCCGCCCGCGUACAAAGGCCCGUGGUUUUGUGCGCGCCUAUGCGCCCGUCCUCAACGACUGCGGCAUCAACCAGGACGUGUUUCUUCGCUUCCUCAAAGACUGGUACCUUGCCAGCAAGGCCAGCCCUUGGAUUGAUGUCGUCUACGUCGCCGCCGGCAUCGUGGGCUUUGUGCCCGAGAUGGGUGCCCAGAUUGCCAGUGUCGUGGUGCAGGUCGUUGCUGGAACGGCGCGCGAGUUGCAGUCGCGCCACCGCAACAACACCUUCUUGGACCGCGCCAACCAGGAGCUCUUCAUGCCGCGCGGCUUGUUUGCCAUGGUGAUGGCCUUCAAGGACGACAUGCCCAACGCCUCGGGCGGCGGCUUGCUCGGCGGCCUCAAGUCGGCGAUUGGCAAGAGCCUUGUAUCGACGGAGCGCCUCGACAUCAACCAGACCACGGUGAAAUACAGCCAGUUGGCCGCGCUCGGCAGCAACGGUGCCGCCAACAAGGGCCACAAAACCAAGGCUGCCAUGCGCAACCUGCGGAAAAACAACGGCAUGACCUACACCGAGCUCGAGCUGCCCCAGGCCGCCGAGCUCGUCUACCCAGACCUCGACAACGCUGCUGAGCGCGACCUGGCUGCGGUUGAAGGCGGCGGCGAAGUACCCAAGAACAGCAAGUGGCACAGGUCCGGAAAAUUCGUGUCGAGCUACCUAGACCGCCGCGCCCAGGCCGAGUAUGCAGGCACGCACCAGGGCUCGUCGAUGGCCGUGCCCGCCGACGCCCGCAAGCCAUUCAUGUCACGUUUUGCCGACCCCAACCACCCGGCCAACAGCGGGUCGUUGGUCGCACUGUUGUCCGGCGGCAAAAUCGUGCCCGACAACAACAGACGCGGCCAAGGCCUGCUCGGACGUGGCGUUGGUGCCGGUCUGGGCGGUGGUCUCGGUGGCAGUCUUGUUGGUCGCGGCAUGGGUGGCGGCAGUGGUUACCACGAGGACGGCUCCGAGAGCAACUCGUACUGGGAUCGCCGCCGCCGCCAAGGCCCAAUCGGCAUAGGCAUCAGUCUGAUUGGCGCCGGCGUGUCAAAAAUCAGGGAGCAGCGGCAGCAGAGCCAAAAUCGCGCCAUUGACAGCGGAAACCCCAGCGGCAACGGCAACGGCAGCGGCAACGGGUUCUUCGACGACCGUCGUGACAACGACCAGCACCAGCAGGGCCAGAUGCAGUACGCUACUUCCCCAGCUCCGUACGGAGGCUCGUCGGCCUCGUCCAACCCGCCUGCUCCGUACGGUUCGUCGAACCCUCCGGCACCUUAUGGUGGUUCAGCGAACUACCAGAACGAGCAGGCGUACGGCGGUGAUGAACAGCAGCGCAACAACGCUGGCCACAACGCUGGUGCCAACUACCAAGGUGGCAGCACCCAGUACAACAACAUGAACAACCGUCCCAACAACCGCGGCAUGGGUGGUGGUGCAGCCCGCGGUAUCAAGAAGAUCAUGCAGCAGGACGUUUUGUACCUCUUGAUUGUCAAUCUGCCGACUGACGAGGAGGUUCAAACCUCUAUUGCACAGCUAGAGCGUCUAACGUCUCAUUCGAGCCGUUAA